AUGGAGGAUACGUUGCGGCCAUCAAAGCCUACUCCCAGAGGAAAUAAGACGGCCGCAGAUUCGCUUAGCCAGGUUGGGUUUACGUCAAAGGGAGAUACGAAACUCCUAGAUCCCAAGGCCCAAGAACAGUACUAUAAGAAGAUUGUGGACAGAUAUGUGCACUUUUGCAAUGUCCACUCCGGGAACCUUGAUGCCGCGUUCAGCUCCCUUCCAAGAAACCGCUCUGAAGACCCAACCAAGAACCCUCCAGUUCCUAUACCUAUAAGGCCAGCAUCUAGAGCUAGAUCUCGGUCCCGAUCACCAAAACCACCCAUCAAACCCGCUGCCCCAACAGCGGCGACCAAAAGCACAGUUCCAUCAGAGCAGCAUCCAACACCAGCUGAAGAACUUUCUAUUCUCCUUCUUUCGCUCCGUAAACUGCGGGAAGCCGUUCUAGCAACGAGCUCCAAAACGCCCAUCGCAUUCUCCCAGCGCGUCCACAUAUUCUGCAUACGCGUAUCAAUCCUGGCUCAGCACCCACCGUCAUACUACCCCCCGUUGCAGCGCCUGCUGAAACACCUUCACUCGUCUACCAAUCCACUGGACCCCUCUGAGCUGCACGAGUUUACGACGUACUUGAUCCUGGACUAUGCCUGUCGACAAGACGAUAUGUCGGCUGCAUAUCAGCUCCGGGCACGUGCAAAGGCAGUAUUCGGGUAUCGUAAUAAUUCUGUCGACUGUAUUCUUAGAGGAAUAAUGCAUGACGACUGGGUGUUAUUUUGGAGAACUAAACGGAACCAGAAUGCCUAUACAAAAGCGUUGUUGAAUUGGGUGGUAGACAGUGUGCGCAGGCGAGCGUUAAAGGCAGUCGGGAGAGCAUAUCUGUCGGUGGACGUGAAUUAUUUGGUGGAAUGCUGCGCCGGCGAAAAUGAAGGUUGGACAUGGGAAGCGCUGGUGGAAAAGGAGGGUUUGGGAUGGAAGAGAGAGGGUGAUAAAGUUCUGAUAAGGGCUAGGAAGCCAAAUGUUGAAUCCAAAAAGUAA